CUCACUCCUACGUAACGACGCGUCGUCAGAUCGGUCACGUGAUUUUUUUGUCUGACCAAUCAAGGCAUCCAAACAUGUUGCCGCGAUACUUCUGCUUCGAAAGGUCGAAUCUGUGUCGAGCCGUCUGCUACGACAGAAACGUCACUUUAAGUGAUCGGCUCAUCACUGACGGAAUACUGGGGGACUAUGGACACCUCUGACACUUAUGACAAUGCACCAUCAGCUAAAAAGAGUGGACGUACCUCGUUACUAGACAGUGGUGAGGAUUUUGAGGUGUUAGAUGAAGAGGACAUUGACGACGAGCCACCUCCUUUGGAGGAUGCCGGAGGUGGGAAGGUUAAGAACGCAGAUGAGUCUGAAAAAAAACAUUCAGACACUGACCCAGACGCUGGAAGUCAAGUAGAUGAAUGGAUGGAUGUUUUAGGUAAUGACCAACUAAAGAAAAAAACCCUUGAGGCUGGUGACGGGCGUGACAGUCGGCCACAGAAAGGACAGAAUGUCAAGAUUCAUCUUAAAACAUACCUGAUGGAUGGGAGGCUUGUAGAGGAGCAAGCUGACCUUUGUUUUACUCUGGGUGAUGGCGAUGUUACACAGGCUCUAGAUCUCUCAGUUAUGCUCAUGGAAAGAGGAGAAAAGGCCCUCAUCCACUGUGAUGCAAAAUAUGCAUAUGGAGCUCGUGGGAGUCUUGAACCCGAGGUUCCUCCUAAUGCUAAGUUAUCUCUAGAAGUAGUACUUCUGGAAACUACCAAUGCUCCAGAUGUGGAGCUGCUACCUCCUGCAGAAAAGAUUGCCUUGGCAAGUUGUAAGCGAGAGAGGGGUAAUGUCCAUUAUCAACGUGGUGACUACGCUUUCGCUGUCAACUCGUACAGCAUCGCCUUGCAGAUAACAGAGUCAAGUUCAAAAGUUGAUAUUAGUCCUGAGGAAGAGAAUGAGCUGUUGGACGUGAAAGUUAAGUGUCUAAACAACAUGGCUGCUUCUCAGCUCAAACUGGAUCACUAUGAUGCAGCUCUUAAAUCGUGUGUCGCAGCACUGUCACACCAGCCAGACAACAUAAAAGCACUUUUCCGCAUGGGCAAGGUAUUGGCCCUGCAAGGUGAAUAUACAGAAGCCAUUCAAACCUUGAGGAAGGCGCUGAAGUUGGAACCAAGUAACAAGACCAUUCACGCAGAGCUCUCCAAGCUGGUGAAAAAGCACUCGGAACAGAGAGGAGCAGAGCAGGCCAUGUAUAAGAAGAUGCUUGGUAACCCCUCUAGUGUCAGCAGCGGCAGCAAUACGCAGAAACACCGCGCCAAGGCUUCAUGGGGUCUCAGCUGGAAGUGGCUAUUUGGUGCCACUGCAGUAGCCAUAGGUGGCGUAGCGUUAUCUGUUGUGAUAGCUGCCAGAAAUUAACCCAACUUGUUGCGAUGACCUGACCACCCCCUGCAACAGAGAAAGCCUAAGCAUAGAAGCACAUCUGGCGGUGCCUUCUGACAAACAGGGCUGGAAAUGUCAGUCGGUCAGUUGCCUCUUCACCGUCACUCUAGUGUCUCUGCUAUGUUUGAGAAACAUUGGUGACAAAUAAUAAAACGUCAAUAUUUGCAAAUGGAAAACACAUUUCAAAUCUCAGAAAUGUGUGAGUUAAUGCCUAAUUCUCAAUUUGCCACAAACCAUUUUCUUUUGCUGCCAUUGAUUUUUGUCUUCUGUAGUUGAUGUUAGAAAUUAUUUUUGGUAUGAAAAUUGAGAAUAAUUUAACUUAAUUCCAAUAGGACCUAUCUAGAAGUAUUUUCCUAUUAAAAUAGCUCAUGUGAAAUGCCCUGUGUUGUGCUAUACAGCUAAAUAUUAAAUAUUAUAUAGCAUCAGAUGCAGUUAAAUUAUUUCCUAUCCAAGAAAGAAUUUAUGCUUCAUUUUAUUUCCUGUACCAUAUCAACUAGUAUAAUGCAGAUGCUCUGUUAUUUGAGCUUCACACAUUGGAAAGAUAUUUUGUAAAUCUUUACAAUGCAAGGUUUUUUGGACAUGUUUCCAUCAGUUGUGUUUUAAGCUAGUUCUGUGUUUUUAGUUCUUGUGUUUUUGACCUUCCCUAAAAUUGGCAUCCAACUCAUUACCACACAGAGAACGUAGUACCAGGUGAUUGAGCUCUGUGUCAUACAGUAUCAGUGUCUCUGAUUUUCGUCUUCACUUGUACACAUUAGCAUGAUAUAAAAGUAUAUACAUGUUACAUUGUGCUCAGCAUUCCUUGAUGUAAAUGGUUCCUUGUAUGUCAGUGGAGAUGCAGAUAUUGCCUUUUAAAAGAAAUAACGCAGUGACUUUAAGUAAGGCUAAUGGAAUUUGCUUCGUUAUAAUUUGAAUAAAUUACCUCAAGAUGAUUAUGACCAAAUAUUGAAGGGUGACAUUUGAAGUACAAUGAUGUUUUUAGAGUGUUCGAGCCUGUGUCAUUUUUGGUUAUUUAUUUCUCACAAUGAUUUUGCUGUUCGCUUUCCUACACUAAACACCUCUGAAUCUGUGGCUUCUUCAGAGCAGCCCGACGUCCUGUUGAGCCAAGUGCUGCGCAAGUCAUGAAACUUUGAUGUUGGCAUUCCCUUCAUAUGCUGAUUUUAAUAAUUAUUAAACUGUAUCUAAUGAA